AUGGGAAAGGCCAAAGGUUCUAAAAAGGUGGCACCCGCUCCUUAUCCUGCAAAGAAAAAAGAUUCGGGAAAAGUAGCAAAGAAUCCUUUAUUCGAAAAAAGACCUCGUAAUUUUGGAAUAGGUCAAGACAUUCAACCUAAACGUGAUUUAACUCGUUUUGUUAAAUGGCCUGAAUAUAUUCGCCUACAAAGACAACGUAAAAUUCUUAAACAACGUCUUAAGGUUCCACCAGCUAUCAAUCAAUUCACCAAAACUUUGGAUAAAAAUACCGCCAUCAAUCUUUUUAAAUUGUUAAACAAGUAUCGUCCUGAAACUAAAAUUCAAAAGAAAACACGUCUUGCUGAAUUGGGUGCUGCUAAAGCUGCAAAGAAAGAACAAGAUCCUAAUGCUAAACCUACAAAGAAAGAGCUUGGAGUUAAAAAACCAUAUGUUGUUAAAUAUGGUAUCAAUCAUAUUACUGCUUUGAUUGAAAACAAAAAACCUAAAUUGGUGAUAAUUGCUCAUGAUGUUGAUCCUAUUGAGAUUGUUCUUUGGUUACCAGCUCUUUGUCGUAAAAUGGAAGUUCCUUACGUAAUUGUUAAGAGUAAGGCUCGUUUGGGAACCGUUGUUCAUAAAAAAACUGCUACAGCAUUAGCUAUUGUGGAUAUCCGUGAAGAAGAUAAGACAUCCCUUAACAGUUUGGUUAGUUCAAUCAAACUUAACUACAAUGAUAAAUUCGAAGAAAAUAGAAAACAAUGGGGUGGUGGUAUUAUGGGUAUUAAAUCUCAAGCAAUGAUGGCCAAAAGAGAGAAGCUCUGA